AUGAGGAGGAGGAUUUGUGAGGAACUGAGGGAAGGUUUCUCUUAUGAUCGAAAAAGAAGAAAGAAAGAGAAAUUUCAGUGGGUGAAGCAAGCAUUCUGGCUGACUCUCUCGGCUUCCUUUGCUUACAUUGUCCAUUCUGAGCAAUGGCCAUCAAUGACCUUUGACAAAGUGAAAAAGAUAAACGAACAUAUUAGAUCCAAAAUCAAGGUUUCUGUGCAGGACCGGGUCCUUCUGCUAGGCUCCAAGGUCCUCAAGUCCCAGAGAAAGCUAUCAUCUUACGGCAUUGACAAGGAAAGAACCAUCCACCUCACCCUGAAGGUGGUGAAGCCCAGCAAUGAAGAGCUGCCCUUGUUUCUGGUGGAGUCAAGCAAUGAGGGUCAAAGGCACCUUCUCCAAUUUCGAAGAUCCAGUUCAAUGUACCAGGUGAAAGAGAUGAUCGAGAAUGCGACCGCCGUGAGCCCCAAGGCUCAGAUUGUGACUUGCAAUGGAAAGAGGCUGGAAGAUGGAAAGAUCAUGGCUGACUACAACAUCAGGAGGGGCAGUUUGCUCUUUCUGACAGGGCACUGCAUUAGGGGCUGA